GGGACUACGUGAUUUCACGACACGGGUUCGGUACCGUGCAGCAAAAAAAAAGCGGACCACCUUUUGCAAUCGAAAACCAAAUGCCGAAUGGUGCAGACGCCUCUUCGCUCUCUGUGCCGUCCGCGCGUGUAGUGUGAUGAGUGUGAAGCCGUAGCUAGCUUAUCUCUCCGCACGUUUCCUGCAAACUGUCCAACACCCUGCCGCACCGGAACACCGCAAGUUGGCGGAUUUCCUAUCGCUGGGGAUCCAGCGUUUUUUCACGGGCCGUGUGUUUGUGAUUGCGUGAAAACGUGGAAUUUGCGAAUCCGUGGUGAAGUGUGCGUUUAGUGCGUUAUCACACCGGCUCGUGAAACUUCUUCCCUCAACUCCGGAUCUUUCUUGUAGUGUGCGUGCGUGUGCUUGUGUGUGUGUGUGUCUGUGUUGGCCAAAUCAUCCAGCAUGAAGAGUCCUUGCCGUGCUGCGGCAGGAUGGUUGGUGCUACUUCUAUCGUCAUGCUGCCUCGGUUAUGUCAUAGCCACCGAAUGGGGUAAGUGCGGCAACGAGAUGUGUUAGGCGGAGGGUGGACUCGCGCCUUCUUGCGAUUGCGGACGUCGUCACUGGGCGACGGCGCUCGUGACCAAACACUGUGACGACCGAGUCGAGGAGUGCAGAAAAAAAAAUACAAAAAAAAAGAAAAACAUCGUUUCUUUUUUAUCUCGCGCAUCCAAAAAUAAUCAUUUUCAGCAUACCCGCCCAUACGAAACGGUUCGGGAGUUUACUACACCGGUUGUCGUUGUAGUAGCGUGUAGUAGGGGCCGCCUUGCCCGAGACGUGUUGCUACUCUCGCCCAGUUCCUUACUUGCUUCAAAGGUGGGCGGUUAUUUAACGUUUGCCUCAAAUGGCCAUUGGUGUGCAUCCUUUUUGGCACGCGCGUGUGUAGCUCCGAGGACUUUGCAAACUGUGGUGAAAUUAGUCGCCAAAGCAACAGAGCCGCACACUCCUUCAUCUACAUAAUUGUGAAGGGAACUUGGUGCAGAUUGCUUUGAUCGUGGAUCAUAUUGGAUUAUGUGGUCGUCAACCGAUGUAGAAAAGAAAAUCCCAUUACCAAAUACUCUAAUUGGAAUCGAACAAGUUUAUUUGAAUCUCAAUUUAAGCGUCUGGGGUUCGAAUUAGUAGGCUCCACCAAUAACCAUUGCUCAAGCGCCAACCGCUGUAAAGUUGUUUGGUCCUUCGAACCGGAUUUUUUACUUUGAAUAGAGUUUUAUGAAACUUUGACGAUUUAUAAUACUCUUAUUAAUGGUUGAUUUUUUUAUUGAUUAAAAUUGGAAUUUAUUCAACAUUCCCUAUUUGUUUAUCUGGCUGUUUGUGUGUGUGUUUAAUGGUUUACGAUCAGUUCUUUUGAACCGCUAACAUACUAAAGGUCUUUCCUUUUAUUUUAUCUUUUUGAACACCCCCGUACGAUCGACAACCACUUCGACCAGACAUAUUAAGCUCUGUCUGAUGCUUUCAUUAGACAAUGACUGUUUGCACCAAUCACCCGACUACCAUAACCAGGCCGCGUUUUCCUUCGGUUCGUCGGUUUCAGCCUAUCGAACCAAUUAUACGUUCCCGUACUUUUAACUGUGCAGAUUUCGCGCAACGGCCAAGUGAUUUUUGUCUUUGGCCUUUUUUUUUUAUUUUGGAAAGUCAAAACUGCCCCAACAGCAAACGGCGGUCAAAAGUCCAUUCCAUUCGUCACGUACGCACAUCGAUCUUCGGUGGAGUGUUUCGGGGGAAGGAGAGGGGGUGGACGAAUGGGUAUAUUAUAUGUUUUAUUACUCCUUCACUCUGCUCCACUAUGUUUAGGCGGGGGGGUAGGGCUUUGGUUUUUUCAUUAUAGUUUUGCACCAGCGCUCCAAUGAAUGAUUGAAACGCCCAAGCCCAUACAAACUCCGCUCGAAGGAGUUCAUACCACGAUCACCAGAGGGUGAGGGGAGAGCCACAGUACCGAACCACCGCAAUGGUCCGCAAUGAACUUGAUUGAAUGUUCCGCCAAAGUUGCCAUUUAACGUCCCGCGUUUCGCUCGUUCGUCUCUCGUGAUCAUGAUCGUGAUCAUCGUGUGCGCAAAACAAUCAACAGCAAUGAAAGUGACACGCGUUUGAAAGUGUCCUUUGGCGGUAUGGUUUUUCUCGUUUCAAAACCGUUUCACCAACCAAAGCUUGGGAGAGAUAGAGAGAGAGGUAGCAAAAAUAAAUCCCCAAAGAUUCCCUCACCCAUCAACCGGGUGAUGAACGUUAGUAAAUAUGUUCCUGAUUUGAUUGUCAGCUCUCCCCGACACGUUCGAACAAUUCAUAAGACGCAUUUUGUGCGCUGUGGUUUUUGAUAAGGCACGCUCCAACUAAAUGGUUGGAUGUAAAAUGGUUGCUACAUAUUAUGGUUGAUCCUGCGGGAUGGGAUUGUUUCAUUGGAUGUAAACAAUUGUUUAAUCAAUUUAAUCUGUUAACAAUCUCUAGUGAUCGAGCAGCGGCCUGAGAUGCUUAGAAGGAUUAUUGGUUCUAUACUGGUUUAUUUUUAAAGCGGUGUUCCCCUUUGGACCUGUGAGACCUGUGAACCUAUGUUUAGUAAGCUGUUUCGUUUUGAACUUUACAUCGACAAACAACAGAAGAAUCCUCCUUCAAAAUAAGUAACAUUUCACCUCUAUACCGUCAAUCCGCUGACGGUGUCUUAGUCUCUCGGCCGGCUUCACUGGGAAUGACGCGAUCAUUUUGGCCAUAUUUGGCUUAUCAAAAAUAAGAACCGCAUACAAACCACUACACACGCAAUCUCCUAAAACAUUCCUCCUGCCGAAGAGAAACGAAGAAAAAAAAACAACAAACUUCCCAAGGCGCCAAAGGUGGCCAACAGGCGCGGCAGAGCGUUGAUAAGGCCAACGUGUGCUCCCUCAGUUAUCUUGCACCGGCUUUGGUGGUAAAUCUUUGCACCAUUACACCGACACGACGAACGGUAGUGGUGAUGCGGCAAUGUUUUGCGACUGUGAACGAUUCGAUCGAGCUUGUGUUUAAAGGCACAAUUCAAGGUUACCAUCAUCACCUUUACGGCGGGAGCAUACGCAAAGAUGUUGCAACGCAUUUAGCUUUGUUUUUAAUGAAGUAAUCAUAGGGAUCAGCAUCCUGUUGAAUGUAUAAAUAAAGAAAUAUCGUUUACGUUUAGGGGCGACCCGGUGGUCUAUUCGAUAGAUGCGCCGUGUACCAGCAAACCGCUCGAGAUUGAUUCCCAUACGGAUCCCAUCCACACAUAGAUAGAACUUGCUGGUUGUCUUAUUAUAACAAAAUAAGCCUCUAAAGCCUGAACAGACAGACAUCAACAUAAUGAGCCUUGAUCGCAUCGUAGGUCAAUUACGUCAAAGAAAAAAUAAUAACUGUUUAAAUAGGGCUAGGUAGGGCAUGCGCCAUCAAAUCGUUUGUUAAUGGUAGACGACUCGCCCGACACAAUUAAGUAAUGGAUUUUGUUCUACUCUCAUGUGAGAGCACCCCAGCAAGUAAAAACUUGUUAUAUCUUUCUUUCAAAUUAUAUUCUUUAAAAUAAGAAGUUUGCGACAAUUAUGCUUGAAACCUCUUCAGGCUUCUUUAACCCUAAAAUUCUACAAGAAGGAAGAUAUUUGCAGAAGUUUAGCCUUCCAAAUGAACUCCUCGGUUUAAACUGCUUGUAAAUUUAGAUUAGCUUUUCCUUUCAACACAUUUUGAAUUCAUGGUAUAUUAAUCUUUUUUGCAGUUAUUUGGCAUUAGCUGUACUAGCUAAACUACAAGCUCCAGAUUAAAUCUUUCAUUACCAUUGGAUAGAUAAUCUUUUAGAGCAACGAUGAAACUAAAAAAAACAUUUUUCUUUUAAUUUUAUCACAUUUUAGCCAAAAUGUAACAACCUGAAUUCGAUGUCUAACCAUUGAUAACUCCUAUGCUUACUCCUAUGGGGGUCACAGUUGGGGUCAACAUUUAGUUUUCAUUAGCAAAGAGAGCCAAUGGCCACUCAGAGCCACUCGGACUACAUACAAAUGAUUAAAGAUUGAAAAGAUUGUAAUAAAAUGAAAUAAGAAUAUUAUAAAAAUGUUAAAAACAAUGUUAACAUAUCUGUCUAAACAUCUAUAGUACUAAACCAAUCAAGCUAAACCAUAAAUUCAAUUGGCCUCUGGCUCUUUAGAGCGAUUAACUGUGACCAUCAAUCAAAGGACUAUGCUAGGCCCGCUAUUUUAUAAUCCUUGGACAAGACGAAACAGAUCGAAGGUUAAUGUACAUUCCAGUGCAAAAUUGUGUACAUUUGAAUACUAAGCCAGACCCGAAAUUAGGCGCGACCAAAACCAUUGCGUUUCAUGAAACCAGUUAUUCCAGAACGGACCCCACCUGUCCGCUGUAACCUCACACGACACUACUCUGCGCCGUCAACAAUCCAAAAGCCAAAAGGAUCGUGACCGGUAGUGCACGGCACGACGCAACAAAUCAAACCUUUAAUGCUCCAACCACCUGUUGAAACAACGUGCUCCGGACUCUGCUCUCUGUCACCGUUGUGAAUGGAUGCUGUGGUCGUCCCUCUGCGCCUGUCCGGAAACGCGGCGGCAGUGACCACGGACAAUGGCAUUUUGUUUUUCGAUUCCAACUGGCGCAAGAUUUCAUCUGCCGCGCAUCAGUACAGCCGCAUCUCGGCGUUCGCGUACGACGAGGUGCUCGGCAAGCUGUACUUUGCCGAUCUGGACCAUCCCGAGUAUCGGCUGUUCGCGCUCGACUACGACGAUACGGACGAGCUGCACAAGGUGACGAAGCUGUUGCCGAAAUCGGCCCAAACCGCCUACAUCAGCGGUAUGGCGUUCGAUCAUCUCGAGCGCCGGCUGUACUGGACGGAGAAGGGCACCCGGUCGGUGUACUACGUGGCGAUUGAUGAUCUGCUGAGCUCGACGCGAUCCGCCGCUGCUGCGGCGAACGGAACGGCUGCUGCUGCUGCUACUGCCGUUGAAGCAACCACCAGUGCAUCACCGCCAUCCUCCUCCUCGCCCGUGCAGCUGGUCGCCACGGUGCAGCCCGAUCACGAGCUGGCCGGCCUGGCGAUCGACGAAUGCCGCCGGCAUCUGUACUGGACCAACUGCUACCCGAAAACGUCCAACAUUGUGCGCGCCGCCAUGAACGGCACCGUGCUGAACGUGCACGAGGAGCAGGUGUACCUGCCGAAGGGCAUCACGGUGGACCACUACCGCAACCGGCUGUACUGGGUGGAGAAGAAGUACGGCCGCCGGUACACGAUCGAGAGCGCCGAUCUGGAGGUGAACGAUCAGCGCACCCUGCAGACCGGGCUCGACCGGCUGCCGGCGGACAUUGCGGUCAAGAACGAUUACAUCUACUGGACCGACCAGGAGAACAAUGAGAUCUACGAAAUGUCCAAGGAGCCGAACGCACCGUCCCGCACCGUGUACCGGGGCGAACAUCCGUCCGCGGUGAUACUGCGCGCGAACCUGCUGCUCGAGCAUCAGCGCAACAAUCCCGACUGCCGGUCGGUAGUGGACCGCAUCCUGGAGAACAUGCAAAACAGUAAACCGGCGAGCGUGCUGCAGCAGGAAACGCUACAGCAGGGCCAGCUGACGGUGUGUCUGAACAACGGUACGGUUAAUCAUCACACCAACGCGUGCCUCUGUCAGCCAGCCUUCGGGGGUAAGCUGUGCGAGAUAGAUCUGUGCAAUAACUACUGCGCCCAGGGCAGCUGCCGUAUCGGGCGCGAUAAUCGCCCCCGGUGUGACUGCGACCGGCGGUACGAAGGGGACCGGUGCGAUCGGAACCGUUGCGAUGGGUUCUGCCUGAAUGGGGGCCGCUGUCAGUUUAGCAACGGUACUGGUGGGCGGACGGUGGAGGAAAUGGGCGAUCGGACGUGUCUGUGCGAAAGCACCGGUUACAGUGGGGCACGGUGCGAGAAUCCAAUCUGCGGGACGGAUUACUGCUACAACGGAGAGUGCUACGUGGAGGACGGUAAGCGACCAAAGUGCCGCUGCAAGGCAGGCUACCGGGGCGAACGGUGCGAGGAGUACAGCUGCAACAACUACUGCCUGAACGGGGGUCACUGUACGCUCGGUAACGAGACGACAGUGCCGGAGUGCGAGUGUGGCGAGGAGUUUGCCGGCCAGCGGUGCGAAAUUGCGGUCCGGCUGUGCAGCACCUACAACGAGGAUCCGCAGUGGCAGCAGUACUGUUUGGGCAUCUCGAAAACCUUACCACUGAUGGAACCGAAGGUAACCUACUGCAAGGAAUCGUUCAACCGCACCGUCGUCUACACGUCACUGUGCUUUACCGUCUCGUUCGCGCUGCUGCUCGCGGUCGUGCUCGUCGUCAGCCGGAUGAUGAAACCGCCGCGGCCACGCAUCACCAAAAAGAUGGUGGUCACACCGAUGACCUCCCGGCCACCGACGACACAGUGCGAAAUUACGAUCGAAAACUGCUGCAACAUGAACGUAUGCGAAACGCCCUGCUUUGACACGAAGCUGUUGAAAAAAUCGAAAAAAGAGGACAAACAGUUCCUGCUGGAAGACAUCGAGGACGUUGGAGGCUCCUACCGCAAGCUGCCCAACUGUGGCGACGGAACGGCGGAGCGCAAAUGAGAACCGUUCGCUCCCGGCCGUGGUAGACUAAUGAAUAAUAAUGCCUUCUUCGCCUGGCUGCCAGCAUCAGCAGCAGCUCGAUGGUGGUCGAUCGGUGAAAUGGCCGCCAGAAGGAAGUCUGAUUGAACAGUCGAUAGUGCGCGCACGAUCGGUGUGAAGAGUGAGCCACAGUACGUGGGGCUUCGUUUACGUCCGGUGGUGUACACACAGGGGGAUGCAAAGCUGGCUGGCACUGCUUACAGGCUAGUUGCGGUAGUGAUAGCGUUUUAGAUUACCUGCCGGGAGGAGGGUGUUGCACGCUAGGUGUGCUCCUCCGUGAAAAUACACAGCCAUUGUCACCGCCACAGAGAGAGAUAGUGUGUGUCCGUGUGUGCGUGUGUGUGUUUGUGGAGCAGCUUAGGAGGUACAGUUUAUCAGAUGAUUAUUUGAUGGGCAGCUAGAAUUUAUUCUUCUUCUUCUGUACAAAGGCACUCUCCCUUCAUUUGUCGUAAAGCAGCAUAGUAAAGAAUCCCUCGAAAAAGGCUUCAUUUUAUAAUAAUACAAUAAUACUGCACAAUAGUACAAAAUUUUCGUUAGAACCUUUCACUCUAAAGCCCAUAGACCAACACACACACACACACGGAUAUACCAUAAAGGACAUGCUUGUUUGUUAUGUUCGAAUUCCAACACAACAAGUUUCAAUACAGUAAAGAAGCUGCAGUUGGCAAAACCACCACCCCCCCAAGUUCCUGUAAAUGUGUAAAAUGAAUGAAAACACAUUUUAGAAGAAGUAUAUGCCAUGUUCUUCUACCGCGCUCACUCUGUAGUAUAUGUAUCUGGGUGCUUAACUUGCAAACCAUAAGACCGACCAGUGUUUCAGCCUAGCGCUGAACAUUUCAAUCGUAUGCCCCUUUCGAACAGGGAUCGCUCUCGCUCAGUUUGUACAUUAAUUUAAACCUUUAAAUCCGCUGUGAAACACGGUGCACGCCGCCAGUAACUUAACCGAGAUGCUUCGAGCCGCUGUGGUUUGAACAUCUAUGAGGGGGAAAAUGAUGUAGUGUUAGAAAUCACCUCGCGCUUCUUCAUCUAUCAUAUUCAUUCGUUUUGCUUGUUUGUUUAUUAUGCAUAUAAAUAGGUGUUUUUUUUAUUUUUGGUUUGGUUUGGCCGCCAAUGUCCCGUCAACCUUCACCAUUGCCCACAUUAUGUUGCGUUUAGGGUUUAAUUUAUUUAACUUUAAAAAAGAAAUCAUACAUAGUUAGCGGGCUUCCAGAUAAAAAGGAACCAAACUACCCCCUCCCAAGGGUAGUUAGUUUUCUGUUAUUGUUAUCCUUCCGCAAACCCAAAAUGUCUCGCAAAACUUAGAUACCGCCUUCCCCUCCCCCAAUGAGAGCCAUAGAGAGAAGAAUGUGUGUUUUUUUUAAAUAGCGUGCAACGUUAUUGUCGAAACGUCCAAGACGCGAUGAGAGCCUGAAUCGAAUUGCUGUUAGCACCGACCGUAGUAGUAAAUUGAGGAACAAAGCGCAGUGCAAACAGAAAAAAAAACAGAAAAACAGACACCCACAAAAAGUCCUAGCGUGAAAGGAAUGAAACAGAUCUAAUAACGGCAGGCGCUGCCUCAAUAUUCUAUUGGAAUUGUUAACUUUUAGGAAGAUAGUAGUGCUUAUAUGAAAUCAUACACACACGCACUUACACCGUGUUACUUAACAUAGAAACAUAGGAAAUGUGAUGGAAUCGGGGACAGGAAAACUGAAAUAGUUAAAAAAUGGCAGCAAAAACCAACAGAGAGAGAGGUGAAGGUCUAAUAUCCACAUGAGAAUAUGUGAUAUUAGAUAAGUUUAUAGUUCAAAGUGAACAACUUUAUAGUGUGUAUAUUGCAGGAAGUGGUGCAACACGAUGUAAGUAGCAAUAUUUUCAAAAAAGACUUAUUUUAGAUAAAAAAAAUACAAUGGAAAAGCAGUA